ACAAAUUUAUUAUCUCUCCGUGUAUAUAUAAGGACAUAAUAGCCAUCAUAGAACUGUACUAUAGCAUUCUCCUUUCUUUAGAGAUGGCUACAAAUGACUUGAAGCUUUUGGGUGGUUGGUUCAGUCCAUUUGCUUGUAGGGUACAAAUUGCUCUUAGCAUCAAAGGUUUGGAUUAUGAGAACAUUGUAGAAAAUUUGAACCCCAAAAGUGAUUUGCUUCUUCAAUCCAACCCCACAUACAAAAAAAUCCCAGUUCUCAUUCAUGGAGAAAAAACCAUUUGUGAGUCUGCAAUCAUAGUUCAAUAUAUUGAUGAAGUUUGGAAAAAUAAUGGUACUUCUUCAAUCCUUCCUUCAAAUGCUUAUGACAAAGCCAUUGCUAGAUUUUGGGUUUCUUACAUUGAUGACAAGUUCUUUAAUUCCUUGAGAUUUGGCUUAUUUGCUCAAGAUGAUGAGUCAAAGAAGAAAUAUUUUGAGGAACUAGAAGAAGUGCUUUUGAAGUUGGAAGAAGUGUUCAACGAGUUGAGUGAAGGAAAGGAGUUUUUUGGAGGAGAAAAUAUUGGAUUUAUUGAUGUUGCUUUUGGAUGCUAUUUGAGUUGGUUAAGGGUCAAAGAGAAAUUCACAGGAACUAAAAAGUUUGAUGAAGCUAAGAAUCCUGGUUUGGUGAAAUGGGCUGAGGCUUUUUCAGCUCAUCCAGCUGUGAAAGGAAUUUUACCAGAAACUGAUAAGCUUGUUGAGUAUGCCAUAGCUCUGGCACAAAGAUUGGCUGCUGCUGCUGCUGCCGACGCCGCUCCUCCUAAGUAAAUGAAUAUGUGAGAUUAGUACUUUUGUUUUGACAUUGUUAUGUUUAAUUCCGUUGUCUUUCGUACCUUGUUCGUAAAACUUGUCCCUCAGCUUACCAAUCGAGCUAUUUACCGGAGACAUUUGUGGCUUUGUGCAUCGUGAUGAACUUGUAUUCUUAUGAACUAUGUCUUCAUAGUGAUGCAUUAUAAUACGCCUAGGUUGCGCUUGAA